CAUAGAACGAACAAAGCGGCCUCUAGUAAGGCAGCCAGUCAUAAUCCCACAAUCCCCAGUCCCCGUCACAUCACCCAGCCCACGCCCUGGCCUGAUACAAUAACUCGACCCCCGUAGCCGCAUCGUGAAACGUCUCAGGAGGCCCUGGCCGUCCCCCCCGUCUGGUUUCGAAAGCGUCACUUCCCCCAAAUUCCUUCUCAGCUACGGCCGUUUUUAUUCUUCUUCUGUUUUUUUUUACUCAUUUCCCUUUUCCUUUUUGUUUAUACCGCUCGUAAUAAGUCAUCCGUUUGUGUUUUGCUUUUCCUUUCUUGCUCCAAAAUCAUAAUUAGAGGUUUCCAACGUGACUGGCUCACACUGGACCCAUCUUCGUUCUCUGCCAAUUACUACCACCUUUAAUCCAAACACCAACUUAAUCCUGCUGUUCAUCUUCUCAUAAAAACACAUAAAAAUGGGCCAAUUCGACUGGUUCAAGAAAAUCGGCGCAACCGACGAGGCCGUCGCCGUCCUCAACGACCAGCCCUACCUCUUCACCGUCCUCCUCGUCGUCAUUGUCACCCUCCUGGUGCAGGGCGGCGUGCUCUACCUCAUCCACUGGGCCACCUUCAAGGAUUCCCAGAGAAAACAACCCAAGAAGGGAGGCAAAUCCGGCGGCGGCGGCCUAAUCGGCAAACUCACGGGGGGCGGAAACAGCGACAACGGCCGCCGCGCCGCUGGUGGCAGCUAGACGCCAGAAUAGGGACAGCAAAGGACGAAACAAAUUCAUAUUUCACCAGUCUUACGCCACCAUAUUACAUCAGUUGAUCUGGUCUAUCUGUCGUGUGACUACCGAUUUUUAAAAAAGAGAUACCAAGCAGGUUGCGUUGAAGUGGAUGACCGCAAUUAAAUAAGGGACAUGCCUGUUAGAGUCCUGAGAAGAGAAGAGGAGCAAGGAGGACGCUUUCAUCAUUCAAGUUGAUAUUAUAUCCGGAGCGUUAUAGCAAAGCACUAGUUUACUCAUAUGACUUAUAAAAACUAACAUCUUCACCAUCA